GAGAGAAAUCCCGGCUGUCCCCGUCGAUUGCUUGUGCUUCCACGCCCCUUUAAUUUCCUCUCUCCGCUUCGUCUUCUCGCCCCCCCGGGGUCCUAGUGCACCACGCAAUGGAUCUGCAGAGAAAGGGGAAGGCAAAUAGACAAAGGAGAGAGCAGGCGGCGCCCUCUCCAAAGAUGGCCAAGGAGGAAGAGGUAGAUGUGGAGGUGAAGCUGGAGGAGGAGGAGGAGGAGGAGGAAGAGGCCGGCUACAUCCAAUCGGGUCGGCGCUACAAGUGCCUGACGUGUGGCAAGACGUUCCCCAGCGUACCGCGAGUGUUGCGCCACCUGAAGACCCACGUGGCCAGCGCUGACGGCAGCUUGGUUAGCAAACUCACCUGCCCCAGCUGCAGAAAGGAGUUCCCCGACCGCGGGCAGCUCCGGAAACACCAGCUCAGCCACCAGACGGAGCGGCCGCACCAAUGCCCCCUUUGCGCCAAGGCCUACAAGACGGCGCCGGAGCUGCGCAACCACGGGCGCAGCCACAGCGGCGAGAAGCCCUUUGUGUGCCACGAGUGUGGCAAGGCCUUCAUGCAGCCGGUCUGCCUCCGCGUCCACAUGGCCCGGCACACCGGGGACCUGCCCUUCCGCUGCCAGCAGUGCCACAAAGGUUACGGCACCCUCUCCAAGCUGAGGAUCCACCAGCGUUCCCACACGGGGGAGAAGCCGUAUUCCUGCAGCGAGUGCGGCAAGUGCUUCGCCGACCCCUCGGUGUUCCGGAAGCACCGCCGCACUCACGCCGGCCUGCGCCCCUAUCAGUGUGAGGUCUGCAACAAGACGUACGCCGAGCUGAAAGACCUCAAGAACCACGAGCGCUCGCACACCGGGGAGCGGCCCUUCUUGUGCCAGGACUGUGGAAAAGCCUUCUCCCGCUCCUCCUCGCUGGCCUGCCACCAGCGCAUCCACGCGGCGCACAAGCCCUACCGCUGCAACCUCUGCGGCAAAGGCUUCACCCAGCUCUCCUCCUUCCAGAGCCACCAGCGCACCCACUCCGGAGAGAAGCCUUUCCUCUGCCCACAGUGCGGGCGCAUGUUCAGCGACCCUUCUAGCUUCCGCAGGCACCAGCGAGCCCACCAGGGCCUCAAGCCGUACGCCUGCGACAAAUGCGGGAAGGCGUUCCGCCAGCCGGCCGACCUGGCCAUGCACCAGCGCAUCCACACCGGCGAGAGGCCCCACAAGUGCUCCCAGUGCGACAAGAGCUUUGUGGCCUCGUGGGACCUCAAGCGCCACCUGCUGGUGCACUCGGGGCAGCGCCCCCACCAGUGCGGGGAGUGCGGGAAGAGCUUUGCCGAGCGGGCCAGCCUCACGAAGCACUACCGGGUCCACUCCGGGGAGAGGCCCUUCAAGUGCGAGCGCUGCGGCAAGGCCUUCGUCGUGUCCUCCAGCCUCCGGAAGCACGAGCGCACCCACAGUAACGAGAACAGUGACAACAAGCCCGCGCCCCUAAGCAACCAAGACCUGCCCCCUAGCGACCCGUCGGCCAUUGUUGUCGCCACGGUCAUGCCAGCUUGUGGGGAGUGCGGGGAGGCGUUUUCCUCUACUCAAGACCUGCGCCGCCACGAACGACUGGUCCACCCCGGCCUGAGACCCUUCCCGUGCCCAGAAUGUGGGAAAGGUUUCUCAGACCGGGCUGGGCUGCGUAAGCACGAGCGCAUCCACUCCGGGAUCCGCCCCCACGCCUGCCCCCACUGCUCCAAGGCUUUCCUCGGCGCCUCUGACUUGCGCAAACACCUCAAGACCCACGUGGCACUCGAAAACAGGGUCCCUGAGGACACCGUGGUGACGGCGACCAUCACAACCUACGAGCCACUCAUGCCUGCCCACAUCCAUCACCAUGACGACGUCACAGGGACUGACAAAGAACCUCCGUCAGACUGUCUGCAGGAAGCUCUGACUGAACCAUCCUGAGGUCCACCCCUUUCCCCGCCCCCUAGAUUUGCGAUUGGUUGGUAUGGCUUGCCUGUUCAAUGACCUCACUUGUGGUGACACGUCUUUCUGCCUCCCUCCAAAUAAUGUGGUGUGGACAGCACUCUUUCUUCAGUGGCUUCCCUUUGGAAAUGGCUCUUUUCACUCCCCAAGCACUUAUUUUUCCAAAGGUGGGGCAUGGCUACAUGUGCUUUUCAUAGGUGGGUGUGGCUGCAGUCUGCCAAGCAUACUCCCCUCUCCCCAGGAUCAAGCACUUUGUCUGCCCAGUUUUGAACACAAAAUGUGUUGUGGGGCACGAAAUAAAAAAUCAUGCUUUCAAAAUAUUGACCGUUGUCCCCAUUGGCAGUAGGAGGAAAAUACAAUAAUGUGGUUUUGCGCUUGCACCUUCUCGUAGCUGGGUGCGCAUGCAUCUGUUGCGCUCCAUCAGUUAAACUCCUAUGCCAUGUGUCAUUUGGGGGGUGGGAGGCCGGGUUAAACUGGUAUGGAAGAGCCUUUUCUUUGCAGAGAGGGGAAAGAAGCACGGCUGCCCCCUUCUUCCAUUCUCUUCUUCCAGGACAAUUAUCUUCAUCAAUCUGUUUCA